CGUGCUGUUGCUAGGCUGAAGCUCUGGUGCGCGUUCAGAGUAGCUGUCUCUCCCAAGGCGAGACAGAAAACUAAGCUCUGCAACGGCCAACCAACAACCUCCCAUCGAUACCCAGCAACAACUGUCAAGAUGGAGGUUCUACUAGGCAUCACAGGCAAGGACUUCACCUUGAUGGCAGCAUCCAAAGCUGCGAUGCGAGGAGCCACGAUCCUGAAGGCGUCGGACGACAAGACGAGACAGCUGAAUAAGCACACUCUCAUGGCAUACUCGGGAGAGGCGGGCGAUACAAUCCAAUUCGCCGAGUAUAUCCAGGCAAACGCCCAGCUCUAUUCAAUGCGCAAUGAAGCGGACCUCUCGCCCUCGGCGCUGGCGCACUUUGUUCGCGGCGAGCUCGCUUCCAGCUUAAGAUCACAAAACCCCUACAACGUCAACCUACUGCUAGGAGGAGUUGACCCUAUCACCCACAAGCCAAGUCUGUACUGGCUGGAUUACUUGGCAUCGCUGGCUUCAGUACCUUAUGCCGCCCAUGGCUAUGCCCAGUACUACUGUCUCUCCAUCCUUGACAAGCACCACCACCCGGACAUCACCCUAGUUCAGGGUAUCAAGAUUCUUACAAUGUGCACUGACGAGCUCAAGCGGAGGUUGCCGAUAGAUUUCAAGGGCAUGGUGGUGAAGGCAGUGACCAAGGAUGGUGUUGUGGACAUCGAGUUUGACGACGACAAGGUGGUCAAGUGUGCUUGAAAUCCUCGAGGCGCGUAGGCGUCCAGGUCGGUUUUAGGACUGUGUAAUAAAACAGGUAGAUGUACGGCGCGCGGUGAAUGAAUGGGAUUUACCGCAGUUGAGGUCUCUCUUCGGGUUCACUGUGGCUCUCGUGUUGAACGCCCGAGGCUGUGAUAGCCAGCGGACGCCGCCGGCCUUGCCGAACCGAUAAUUAAAGACUCUUCGGAUGUUCCUAAAGUGCUCGGCAUGGGGGCUAUAGAUCAAGACAAGAGUUGCAACCGCUUAGCUAGGGUAGACAUGCACUUAGCAUGUACUUCGUAUGCCGGGCCAAUAAGGGGUUCUGUCCGGGGCUCCUUAUCACAGUCGCACAGCAUCGCGAAGACGGCAUUCUGGAACAGGACAACAGCUACUGGCGAUCAGAGGUAGCAAAAUGGGUAGUUCAAUGGGUAGGUUCCAUAGCAAUGUUAGCAGACAGGAAGCAAC